AUGGGAAGCGAGGCUGCAGGGAAGUGGGGUAUUAGCAAGGCUGACGAAAUGGCCGGGCGGGCAACACUGACUGACGCAGGAGACGAAGCGCGCGGAUGGCCAAAGAAUCGAGCCGUGGCUGAGCGACGAGCAGUAACAGUAAUGGGGACUGGAUUGGUUGGUGUGAUGAGGAGGGGUAAAUGGACGGGACAGCAAGUGGCACUUGGUCAGUGUCUAGACGCGGAUCCUAAGCAGCAGUCUAGCAACAAAAGCAAUGACGAGAAUGGAGCAGAAGAUAAUGAAGAUGAAGAUGGAGAGGGAAUGGAAUGGAAAUGGAUUGGAUUGAAUUGA